CUUUCUGGGAAACGUAGCCUGGUUGGACGGCAUUCCAUUUCGAAAUAGCCAUGUGUGCUCGGCAGCUGGGACUUUCUUUAACACUCUAAGAAACGUGGAUAUAUAAAGUCAGCCUUGUAAGAUGUCACUGAUGGCCACAUCUGCCCACCGGUCGUCUGUGUUUACAUUUGAGUCUACAGUGCAUUCCUCACAUGUGCUGCGCUGCCUGGACGAGCAGCGUCGCCGAGACACAAUGUGUGAUGUUACCGUGGUGGUGGAGGGUCAGAGUUUCAGAGCCCACCGCUCAAUUCUCGCUUCCUGCAGCGAGUUCUUCACCCACAAGAUCUCCCCCCUCACACAGCAUGGAGCGGUCAUCACUCUGCCACAGGAGGUGACUGUUGCUGGCUUUGAACCCUUGCUGAAGUUUGCCUACACUUCCAAACUCCUCUUUGAGAGAGCCGAUGUCUUAGAAAUACGUAACUCAGCCUCCAUUCUUGGUUUCAGAGACCUAGACGAGGCAUGCUUUGAUUUCCUCCUCCCUAAGUUCUUCUCCAGCAGCCACAGCCCUGCCCCUGUUCCGAGAAAGACCUGUUGUAAGAAGAAAUGUAAGAGGCGAUUGUCAAAGGAAGACUGUGCCAUUGACUCUGAUGAUGUAUUGUUGGCCGAAAAAGAAGUAAAACCAGUUGCUGACUCACCAACUCAGCAGGAAGUGGCUUGGCACUGUAACAAAUCAGUGAACAGCAAAAUGGGAAGUCAGGACUGCACAGGCACGAUUACACCUGUAGCUGAAGAGACAAAUUAUCGUUAUAUGCAGUGUCCUAAGUAUCGCAAGUUCCAGCUGGCUUGUGGGAAGGAAACUUGUGUCACAGAGAAAAGUCUGAUCGAUCCCACAAUAGUAAUCAAGAAUGACUAUGACCUCCCCUGCUCGCCCUGUUCCAGCAGUGUGAACAUCAAGAAUGACGUUGAAUUCCCUGGUAAUUCAACCUCAAUUUCCUCCAGGCAGAGCAAAGGAGGGGCUAAUGAGCCUUGGAAAGCUGAAAUACAUGAGAAGAAAACAGGGGAUGGCAGGGGAGGGGAGGUUGAUAUGAUUGAGAAAAACACAAAUGAAAGGCAGAGAAAAUGCAAUAAGAAGGAAAAAGAGAUGGAGAUAGAGGAAGACAUAAGCUUUACAGACAGAUCCAAUGUCAAGGCAGUCUUGUCCGAGGGAAGCAAAGGGCUGGGUGAGAGGUCAUCAGGGUUAAUGUUGCACCAUUGCCCCCUGACGACCAUUUGCGAGCCCCCUGCAAUAACUCGAUCACUGGGGCACAAGAGGUCCGUCAUAGACAGAACAGAGGGCAAGAAAACAAGGGACUCCACUGCAGUAAAGCCAGAGUCCAUUCAUCAAAAGGCAGAUGAUCAAGUGGAAGCUGAGCAGAAAGAGGAAGAUGGAGAGAUGGAUUCUGGCUGGCAAGAAAGACGACAAACUGGCAGCAUCGGGAGAGCGGUCCUGUCGGUAAAGAACGCCAGAGACAGAAGCGUCGUGGAAAGGGAGGUGGCCGAGCCCUUCGCCGAGCAGCUGGGGUCCGACAUGGACUUGUCUCAGCUGAGUUUCCACGACCCUGAUGCAGGAAGUUCCUCUGAUACAGGGAGUGGACGGGUACAGAACACAUCUUUAGAGUGGCCUAAAUGCCAUAACCUCAGCUCCACAAGCACAAGCUGUCCCUAUUACCAGGAGCUGGACCAAAGCAGAUGUUUGUGGAAGGGAGCAGAGCUGUCUGAGUGCGAGGGGGCGUCUCAGUCCGGUGUGUCAUCCCUCAACUCGGGGGAGGAUGGAGACUCAGAGACAGAAACAGAAGGAGACAGUGAGUCCUACACGAGAGAGAGGGCCAGACAGGUGCAGUUGCCAUUCUCUGUAGAGUGUAUUGUGGCUCUAAGCCGAAAUGACUUCCAACAGCUGCUGAAGCAACAGGUUUUUACACGAGAACAGCUGGAGUUUGUCCAUGAUAUGAGACGGCGCAGCAAAAAUCGCCUCGCAGCUCAGCGUUGCCGCAAGAGGAAACUGGACUGCAUAUAUGAUCUGCAGAUUGAAAUCAACAAGCUGAAGACAGAGAGGGAAAAACUCAUGAUGGAGAAGAGCCAUUUGAGCCAGCUGAAGUCAAAAACAUGUCACAGUGUCUCUGCAUUAUGCCAGAGGGUCUGCAACGAAGCCAACCUGCAGCCAGCGCAGCUCCAGGUGUUGGCCCAAUACACCUCCCCGGGCUGCCCUCUGUCCUCUUUCUUUCCUCACAUAGAUGCACCACUUUCACAUUCUGAGUUGCCACUCCAGCCUCAGGCUUCCCACUCGGCCUGUUUUGUUAGCCUUGAUAAGUAUAUGGCGUCUGAGGAGGCCUCGUCCAGUUCCAGAACGGAUACAGUCAAAGGAGAUGGUCAACAUUAACUUAAUAUAUACAUUUAACAUGCAACACAUGACUAGCUAUUAAACAGUUCCCACUCUGUACCAUACAAUAUUUGAAGACAUUACCACAGACUGUGGACUGAGUACAGGCUGCAUAGUAAGGUAGUGGCAUGCUUGUGAUACAGUUAUAAUAGGAAGGCCAUAAUCAGCACAAAUUCUCAUUAAUUCCUGCUACCUUUUCAAUUUAAAGCAUAACAACAUAAAUUAAGAGAUCAGGAAUGUAUUCCAGGUGUCCAACACCAUUCAUUUUACUUUUCCUCCAAUUAUAGGUCUCUGAUGACUUUCUGUAGCGAAUUUUUCACACUUUGCAAAUGGAUUAUUAGACUUAGUUUUAUGGUUAAAGCAGAAUAGUACCUGCUUACAAAUCAAGUAAGCAAGUGUGCAUAAUCAGAAUGUUAAAAUUUUAGCACUGAGACAAUCACAACUUUAAUCAGAAAUCAAAGGGGAACAAUGGACUUUUUACUUAUAAUGUGCUUCACUGCUUAAUUACCUCAGGAUAACGCACUUCAUCCCUAUACAUGUGUACUCUAAUUGUUUAACAUUUUUAUAGAGGCUCUCAGGUGUUAAUAGGAAAAUUCAGCAUACAAUACCUCUUGCAGACUGUGUUGGUUCUCUCUUUAGAGUGCAACACAAAACAGCAUUUUGCACUAAAACCAUACAACACAACAAACAUAAUGUGCCAUGUUUACCUUCUGUUCAUAUGUGUGGAAGAUAUUUUAGACUGUCAUUGUGGUCAUCUGACCACAGUGACAAAGCUUUCCUUGGUUGCACACCGCUCUCACAGCUUGGCUUUGACUCACUUGAACAGACCUCACAAAUUUGCCUAAAAUGUUCUAAGUGCUGUCUAAAGAAAGUGCACCUCGGCAGAGCUUUUAUUCUGUACAUAAACAACUUAGCUACACUUUUAGGAAUAAAGCUGCCUCACUCAGUCUGAUGUAAAUCAUUCCCAUCAUUUGUCCCACAUUCUAUAUCUACCCUCUAUUAUGGCAGGUAUUGAACUCUUCUAAUAUAUACUAUGGAAAUAUUGUGUUACCCAGGACAACUUGAUUAUCUUUAACACUCUUAUCUAAAUUACUGCCAAGGGUCAAGUAAACAAUGUAGCAUUAAUGUGUCUAUGCAAGCAGUACAAGCACAUUGAUGUGUGUAUUUUUUUGUCUCCUGUAUAAUCAACAUCACAAUUAUGUUUAUUAAUUCAUUACUCCAUUUUAUGUAGUUCUUCUGACUUUCACCUAUAACUUUUUAUUUAGUUUCUCCCACGUAACGGAAAAUCUUUGACACUCAGGUCUCUUCACAGAAAGUCUGCAACCUCCUCAUGAUCAAAUUUCACUGUAUUAUAUAUGUAUAUAUUUAUAGAUUUUUUUUCACCCAUUAUAAUCAUUACUGUGCAGCUGGUCUUACAUUAUUUGUGUAAAGAUGAUAUACGACAGUAAAUACGAAAAUCAGUUAUACAUUGAUUUUAUGAGGAAAUGCUGAGUAACCACAUUGUAUUUUUGAGGACGUUGAGUUGUGAGGGUGUUAUUGGUGGUUAAUGAUGUAUGAAGGUUUUUUCUCCCACCAAGCCAAUUGCAGACUACUCAUUCAAAUUGUAAUGAAUGAUAACGCUGGUGCUUACUGCCCUCUAGUGUCAGUGCCUCUGCAGUCAAUAGACUGAGAGCUGUAUAGACGUGUACUACAGUACGUGCAGCACACAUUGCUCUACGACUGCAUUCCUUUUUUAUUGCAUCAAAAAAUCCUAUAUCUUUCUAUGAUAAUGUAAAAAAAAAUUUAAGCAAAAGUGAAAAGAGCUGAUCAACAUUGAAACAGAAAAUAAAAUGCUCCAAACAGUAAAAUAUGU